UUCCACGAAACCCCCCAUUUUGACUAUAAAAACACACCUCACCUUACCAUUAUAUAAACCCCAUAUGCCCAGUGACUUAGAUAAUAAUAAUAAUAAACUCUCAACCAAUUACAAUAUUCAGAAUCACACACCAUUUUGGAGCUAUGGAUGUACUUGGUGUCAAUCAAGCGAAGAGCAAAAGGCAAGCGAAGAGUAGCAAAAAGGGCAUCAAAGUUGUGUACAUAGCGAGCCCCAUGAAGGUCAAGACUAGUGCCUCGAAGUUCAGGGACCUUGUUCAGGAGCUUACUGGUCAAGACUCAGACACAGCAAGGUAUAUGGAGGUUAAUGGUGGUGAUCAUCAAGGUUCAUUUAACUUUUCUGACCAACAAUUGGGGGUUGAUAUGAAUGGUGGGGUAUCUAAUAAGUUGCCUUUGUCAAAUUCCUGUGGUGAGUUUUUGCCGUACUCAGAGUCUUUUUUCAAGCCAUUUAAUGAACAUCUUCAGUUUGAUGUGCUUGGAAGCAUGGGUCCAAUGUAAAAAUGUUGUAUAAGCUUUAUUUUUUGUUUUAAGGUAUGAGUUUACACUUGUGUAUGUAACAAAUCAUAUUACUUUUAAUGCUAAAAUUUAAGAUUUA